UCCGGCCGCGCAUCGGCAGGCGUGUCUAACCACCGUGACCCGACUCAACAUCCGGCAUGGCCUCCCCCGCCAACUUCCUCCGGCUGUGCCUGCGGCCGAGCAGGAGGCUACCGACCCUCCGAGUUGCCGCCCUCCAGCAGCCAGUCCUCCGCCGGGUUUUGUCAACGACACAAUGGCGAGCCGCAGCAGCAGACGACAGCGCCAAUAAGGAGGAGGCCGAAGACGAGAUCACCGAGGUCUUCACGAACCCUGGCCAAUAUCUGAGCAGCUUUCUUCGCGACGAGAAAAUAACGGAUGAGGAGCGUCAAUUAGCCACGCGCAUGCUUGAGGACUGGCAGAAGGUGCCGCCAAACAUGCGCAAGAGUAUCGAGAAGCUCACGGAGGAGAUCACGGACGAAAGCGCGCCUCUGCGAAGGCCGGUGAUGCCCAAGAGGGACAGCUUUUGGAAUGCGGAGGAAGCCGAUACUGAUCUCAUCACGGACGAAGUCGGCGAGGACGAUUUCGAAGAGGACGAUAUCUUGGCGAUGGGCCACGCCAAGCUCGAGGAGCACCGCGAGUUCAGAGAGUACGCGCGCAUUGCCGUGUGGGAGAUGCCGCUGCUCUCAAAACUGGCCAAGCCCUUCCAACCACCCACCGAAGAGCAGGUGUUGCGGUUCAGAUACACGACAUAUAUGGGCGAAUUCCAUCCUGCCGACAGAAAGGUGGUGGUCGAGUUCUGCCCGAAGGACAUUCCCGGUCUUAGCGAGGCGCAGCAGCUGAAGCUCAAGAAGCUCGCCGGGGCCAGGUAUAACCCAGAGAAGGAUAUUAUCAAGAUGAGCUGCGAGAGGUUUGAGCACCAGGCACAAAACAAGCGAUACCUGGGUGACCUCGUGAACAAGAUGAUUGCGGCGGCUAAGGACCCGACCGAUAUGUUUGAGGACAUUCCCCUCGAUACCCGCCACCACACGUUCAAGCAACAGAUCAAGUUCCCCAAGGAAUGGUACCUGACAGAGGAGCGGAAGAAGGAGCUCUACGAGCAGCGAAAACAGGCGUUGCUCCUGGACGAGCGGAAGAGGUCCGAAGGGUCUCUGAUCGACGGAGUCGAGACCAUUCAGCAAGCUCUGCUUCGCGCGAAGGUUGAGGAGCCUGUUCCGGUGCUGAGAGGACGGUCGACCCGUGGCCGUCGGUAACGUAGACCGAGCGAGCCUCUGCUGACAUU